UCCCGCGGCGUUCACUUGAUGCGACGCCGCGGACCCCACUUCAGCCAGUCUCCAUCCACAUGGCAAACUGUCGGUUUCGCUUUGUUUCCUUUUAUUUUGACUUCCAACUUCGCCGUCUUCCGAUCGCCAUGCACUCUCGGACGUCUGGAAGGCUCGCACGCUAAACGACCACCCCCAAAACCGCCUCACGAUGUCUAUGAAGAAAGAGACUCCCUCCGACGUCAAACUACAUUUGGCCGCUGUGAAUGGUGAUUUGAGAUGCAUCAGGAGACUCUUGGACAGCGGAAAAGUCCACGUCGACUGCUCGGAUAGGGACGGCACUACACCUUUGAUCCUCGCUGCGGCAAAUGGUCAUAUAGAAUGUGUAAUAGAAUUGCUUGAGCAAGGCGCCGAUCCGACAGCAAGGCGACACACGGGUACGACGGCGUUAUUUUUCGCAGCACAAUCUGGCUACACGGACAUCGCUUGCAUUCUCCUCAGGAGUGGGACUCCCGUGGACAUACCCAGCGUUGAUGGAGGGACACCACUUUUUGUUGCCUGUCAGUAUGCACAUCUUGACAUGAUUCAACUGCUCAUCAAGCAUGGUGCUAGAGUGAAUCAGCAAAUGAAGGAUGGUGCAACACCACUUUUCAUUGCUGCACAGAACGGCCACUGCAGUGUGGUGCAGCUUCUGCUCUCUCACGGUGCCAGAGUGUCCAUGUCACGACUUGACUCGGCAACUCCACUCUGGAUCGCAUCACAGAUGAAUCACAGUGAUGUCUGCAAAAUGCUGCUUAAGGCCGGCCAUCCAGUUGAUACUUUGCGAAAAAAUGGGGCCACCCCUCUAUUUAAAGCGUGUCACAAAGGGUACAUUGAUGUCGUGCAUGAACUUCUUAAGUACAAACCAAACCUUGGAAUUUUACCUAAUGGUGAAAGCGCCCUACAUGCUGCUUGCCUAUUUGGUCAUUUGCCUGUCAUUAAGAUGUUAAUCCGUGCUGGAGCGGAUCCAAAGCUCGCCAACCAAGAAGGUGCUACUCCUUGUGAGCUGGCAAAGAAAGCACACCACAGCAAUGUCGUUCAUUAUCUAACUCAAUGGCAGCUUUAUGUCCAUUAACUCAAAACCUUAUUAUAACCUAAUUGCUCUAUUUAUAGCAUUAGUCAUUAGUCAAACGUUAAGUUUUUAAAUAUAUAUGUGUGCAUAAGAUUUUAUUAACAUAAAAAAUAUAUGAUAUUAUAAUAUUAGUGUUAUAUCUAGUUUCUAAGGGUUCCUUUAAAAUAAUCUCAAAUCUUUUCAAAUAAGUCUGCGUAAAUUGGGUCCAAAAAACUUUGUUUACAAAAAAGGAAGUAAAUUAGAGAGAUAGAAACAACCCAAUUGCAGGUUUUUUGAAAAUUUGCAACUCAGGAAAAGCCAGAUUUAGAAUAGUCCUAUAUAUAUAUAUUAUAUAUUUAAUAAAAGUUAUUUAUGUACAAAAUUAUAUUGUGUAUUGUGAAUAUACAAUUAGAUUUAAUUGUUCUAGUAUAGUUGUUCUACUAAUAUUUGUGAGUACUAUAAGGGAACCUCACCUUGGUGACAACACCAAAAAUUAAUUGCCUGUGCGCACGUGAAAGUAUGAUGCGCACAAGUAUGUAGAAUUUUUUUUUUGUUUUUUUUUAGACGUUCUGUAUUUUUGAUUUUUGCUUUUAGCCAUUUUCUUAGUUUUUAAUUUUGCUUUGUAUUUACAGUUAGGCGAAGGCUAUUUAAAAAAAAAGGUCCGAUGAGCUUAAGAGAAAUUACUGUGCCAAAGGUAAUUUUCAAUCAAACUGCAAGUGUCAUUUAACGAGUUGAAUUUCUCUUGUAGACAUCAACCGAAACUAUAAUAGAUCUGACGUAGUCAGUGCUUAUUAAGUUUUUAAUUAUUGAAAUUAUUAUAACAAUGUUAAAUGUUUAAGAAACUUUAUAAAGCAUAAAAUAAAUUAUUGAGUAUAUUUAAUAAUCCAAAUGUGAUAUUGUAUUGGGAUGAGUCAAUAAAAAUGACCGUUUUCAAUUUUUCAA